AAAAAGCGAUUGGUUUGGAGAGUGCACGCGAACCCUGUGUACAACCCAAAGACCCCCCCAUCAUGACGGAGAACCGUCAACCAGCGCCUGCUGGUGCUCUUGAGACCGAUGGAGGGAGACCGCAGAAGAGCUUCUGGAAGUGGGCCGCUCUUCACUUUCCUUCCCGCAGAACGGGAACAUAUGACCUGGCCAAAGCUGAGGAGAAAUACGGGAUAGAGGCGGGAACACACUGGAGAGAUAGCGAUGGCCAGAGUGAACAUGAACCCUGUGUACAACCCAAAGUCACCCCCAUCACGUCUGAGAGCCGUCAUCCGAAUCCGUCUGCUGGUGCUGUAGAGACUGAUGGAGGGAGAAAGAAGGCAGGGAAAGAGGAGAAGAAGAACAGCUUCUGGAGGUGGCCCGCUCUUCGCUUUCCUUGCAGCAGAGCUGGAACAUAUGAUCUGGCCAAAACUGAGGAGAAAUACGGGAUAGAGGCGGGAACACACUGGAGAGAUAGCGAUGGCCAGAGUGUACAUGAACCCUGUGUACAACCCAAAGUCACCCCCAUCACGUCUGAGAGCCGUCAUCCUAAUCCGUCUGCUGGUGCUGUAGAGACUGAUGGAGGGAGAAAGAAGGCAGGGAAAGAGGAGAAGAAGAACAGCUUCUGGAAGUGGGCCGCUCUUCACUUUCCUUCCCGCAGAACGGGAACAUAUGACCUGGCCAAAGCUGAGGAGAAAUACGGGAUAGAGGCGGAACACACUGGAGAGAUAGCGAUGGCCAGAGUGAACAUGAACCCUGUGUACAACCCAAAGUCACCCCCAUCACGUCUGAGAGCCGUCAUCCGAAUCCGUCUGCUGGUGCUGUAG